AGCCGAAAGGCCCAAAACCUAUAAAUAGUUAGAAACCUCGAAUUCGAUAGAAAGAGAGAGAGAGAGAGAGAGAGAGUUGCAAUGCCGUUGGGGAAGUAUUACUGCGAAUACUGUGACAAGGAAUUCCAAGACACCCCAUCUGCGAGGCGACGCCAUCUUCAAGGUCUCCAACACCUCAGAGCCAAAGCUCAAUGGUACGACUCCUUCAAAGAUCCCAGUCAUGCUUAUACGGAGAGCUUGACAAAAGGGGUUUGCAACCGCUUUGUCAAAACGGGAUUUUGCCCAUAUGGAGAUUCUUGUAGAUAUCUUCAUCCCAAGAACAAUCAGCAGAAUAUGGUUACUCAAGGGGCACCAGGUUUGAGUGAUAAUAAUCAGUCUUCAACUUUUCAAGAGAACCAGUUGGUAGGGGGCAGCUCUUUGCCAGAUGUGGUGGUCAGAGAUAGCAUGGGAAUGUCAUGGGGCAAUCUACCUCCAUCUCUAAUGCCUCCUCCAGAGAGUGGAUAUCCGCCGCUUCCUUUUGUGGACUGGGGAUAAGUCCUCUAUGUCUUUCAGACGCCAUUUAUCUAGUGCUCGUGCUACUGAUACAGAUCCUUAUCUAGUUCCUGAUUUCUUUCGUUUGAUCUAGUUGACAUGUAACAUGUUACUAGUAAAGUUGUAUGAUGAGAUAUGGAUUGUCAUCAAGGCUUGUAGGCUUGUAGCUUGUGGUUUAUAGUAUUGACUAAAACAUUUCCUUCAUAUAAUUCUUCUACUAAA